UGGUUGGAUGAAGCUGAUAUGUCAAACGGUGGAAAAUGUGGUUGUUUCUUUUUCAAGGAUGGAUGUGGUAUUCAAACUCACGGCGGAUCGUGCAUCUUUCUGUUUGGAUUACAAAAAGAUACCAAAAAAGUUUUCAUUUUCUGGGUGAGAUAUCAAGGAAGGCUUUUUCCCCAUGCGCUGCGGCCUCAAGCCUGUUGUGAAUGUAUAGUUUUUUUUUUUUUUUUUUUCAUUUUCGUGCCGUGUUGUGCUUCGAACCUACGAGAUCGAGGGAAAGAUCAACGGCGAGAGAGACAUAUGGAGGAGGAGAGGUGGUGGUGGUUGAGAAGCAGCCCGGGUGUCAAGAAAUUAUCGUGAUUCUCAACAUACCUAGUCGCGGAAAUGGGACUGCGGUGUCUGUACUCUCUUGUGACAAUUGUUGUUUGCCCCAGCUUAAAGCUUCAGGCGGGACUCGUCGUCGUCGUCGUCGUCGUCUGGAGGGAGGGUCACACUACUAUCACCAACUCCUGCACAACCAGAGGUUUUGGUCGGCUACUUGUGAUGAUGAUGUGUAAACGCGGAUUGUGUGCAGAUUGCAGAGCUCCGUGACAAGCAGAUUAUGGGCCGU